CAAGCUUUUCUUUUCUGGAAGCUCACUCUUGAUAUGAACUGGUGAAAGCGCGCCAAGCUCGCAUCUUGAACGGCUUCUAAGGAUUCAAAAUUUGUUCAUCCACUUGGUCCUUGCCGUUGAUUCGGACAACAGUUGAUGCAUCAUAUUUCGUGGAAAAAAAUGAGCUCCUCCGAAUCGCAUUCCUCCAUUUCCGGGACGGCCACCUCAUCGGCAGUCAGUUUCUCGAAUCAGCUUACCCCGGAGUAUGAGCGCAGCCUGGCCCAGCGGAUGCUACAGUACGUGUAUGACCGGUCAGCCAUCGUCACAGCCCGCCAGUUGGCCUUCUGGGAGCGCUUCCGCCAGCAGGCACCGGAUGUGGAAAUGUUUCCGCAAGACCUCCGGGCAAUGUUCUACGGUGAAGUCCUGUACGAACCGGAACACUUCGAAGAUUUGGAACACGCGGUAACCAAUUACAUCAAUCCCCGCUUCAACCAGAUCCAGUUGGAAGCGUUGGAAUUCGGCGAUCUUGCUGAACAAGAAGACUACAUGCUGAAUCUGCCACGGAACGUCCCACUUCCAGACGGCGAGAUGAACUUUGAACAAUUGGUCAACUACAUAUCCAACCCGUUCGAGGCUUCCAGGAACUCUCGGCUUGUUCCGUUGAACGUGCAACUGGUAGCUGCACCGCAACCGUCGGCUGACGCAAACUUGAAGCAGCGAUUCUGCCAUCUGCUAUCUGAACUCGUCUACACAAGGGAUGAAACUGUUGAGAAACCUACCCUGGCCAUUGAGGACAUUUGCGAGCGCGUGUCAGUCCUCACCGCCAAGGGCAUUCGGCUCGACGAUUUGAUCGAACCGGGAAUGGAGUGCUACAAGCUGCUGAACGGUAUCAAUCCGGAGACCGAAACCCCGAACGUGCCUGUGCCGGAGAAAGCAACGGUCUCCGCUUCGGAUCAGGUCGUUCCGGUUGUGCCAACUUCCAGUGCGUUGAAACGUUGGAAGUCGUUCGACGAUUCUGGGCUGGGAAAUACACCGCCAAAACAGCGUCGAAUGAAUCCGCCCUCUUCUUUGUUAGCUCGGCGGCAGCAUGGCAGGGUACGGCGCAUAGUUUCGGCACCCUCCAAUAGUUUGAUGUGAGAUUGAUGAGCACGUUGGAUUUUUAACAGUGUUAUUACUUCUCGUUUUAACGGUUUACGUGGAUUGUUUUAAACCCUUGAUAUAUGAUUUAAACCUUACUUUUAAGCACAUUGUUAAGCAGCAGUAUAAACUUUUCUAUUUCCGUUUAUACAAUGUACAAAAGCAGAGCCGUAGCGUUGCUUCCUUAAUUUGUACGUCCUCUAAAGCCGAGGCUAAUGCUUUUUUAUUAAAUGUAACUAUAACUUACUAUGAAACCUUACUGUUAAGCAUAUUGUUAACGCUGUAUAAUUGUAGAGAAAUACAUCACAUAUAGCAGUAUGAAUUCA